CCUGAAGAAGGUGAAGAUUAUAUCUGAAUUUGGAGUGGAUGCGACCAAGAACAACCAAAUAAAAGAAGAAUUUGCAAACAUUAGUGACAUGUGAAUCAGUGAGAGGUAGAAGAAUAGAUUAAUCGACUUCUCCCACUGAAACUCAAUACUCUCCCCUGAUUUCAGAGACUUUUCGGUGUUCACUAUCGUCUGUCGAGAUUUAUUACCUGGGGUAGUUUCAAGCUAAGGUUUCGUAUUUUGCAGUAGACUGUAGAGAACAAAGAGGCGAUCAGUCCGAUCUACUCGGCGGUGUUAAUAUGGAGCUUCGAAUGACCUUCUGACAGGAUCAGCAAAGUUUUACAAAUCAUUACCAGUGCUUGGAACAAUUUCCAGAUCCACGAGACGAUUCCCAAAUUUCCGAUAAUGGUAUGGCACAAGAUGCUUCAUCUCAUCCUAUUACGGACGCUGAUGAUGGAGGUAGCGGCAGAAGUAGCAUCGUCGACAUCGUCUCAGACAAAGCCUGACUGCCAGGACAAAUGUGGGAACAUCAGCAUCCCUUAUCCGUUUGGUGUUGGCGACAAUCGCAACUGUUUCCUGAAUGAAGACUUUCGGUUGACCUGCAACACCGCCGGUGAUACUCCACUACUACAGAUCUCCGACACUCAGCCCGUUUUGAGCAUAUCGCUGGAAGGACAACUGACGGCGUUCGUUAUUGGGCCUGUCCGAUGUUACAUGGGUGCGGACAAAUACUGGCAGGGGUAUACCUGGGCUUGGGCUAGAUUUGCAAAUGCGUACAGAAUCUCGGAUACCAGAAACAGAUUUAUGGCUAUCGGCUGCGAGAUGAAUGCGUAUUUGUCCGACUUCUUGAGUAAGGCUUUCUAUGUAAUGUGUAGUCCAGUAUGCUUGAACAAUACCACAGUGACCGAUUUAUCUUGCGCUAGUCAUCUUGGCUGCUGCCAGAGCAUAAUUCCUAAGAAUGUCAAUUCUUAUUUGAUAUCAAUGAGAGAUUAUUAUAACCUCACCUACACUUGGAAUGCCAGCAGAUGCGCAUUUGCAAUUUUGUCGGAUCAGGACUGGUUGGCUUCACAUGUGUCCCAACUCUGGAACACGGAAAACAACGUUGAAGAACUUGUGAAGUUUGGGAUUAAAACUCCAGUUGUACUCGACUGGGCAGUUCGAAACAAGAGCUGCGAGGAAGCACAAAGAGAAGCUACUGAUUAUGCAUGCCGGAAUAACUCCUAUUGCACUAAUUCCUCGAAUGGUCCAGGAUAUCUUUGUCACUGUAUGAAAGGCUUUUACGGAAAUCCCUACCUCCCUGAUGGAUGCCAAGUAUCAAUUGAAAACAAGACCUGUGAGAAAGGAGCCACAAAUUACGCUUGCGGAAAUAACACAUACUGCUCUUACUUAAGUGACGGCCUUGGAUAUACCUGCCAGUGUAUUGAAGAUUACCAUGGAAAUCCUUAUCUUCCCGAUGGUUGCCAAGCGUCGACACCACUGAAGACCAGGCCCAACUGUAGAAACAAAUGUGGAAAUGUCAGCAUCCCAUACCCGUUCGGCCUGGUUGGUGAUGAUCCAACCUGUUACAGAGAUGAAUUCAAGCUGUUCUGCAACACCGCUAUGGACCCUCCCGAACUGAUGUUGUAUGGCCCUGAUUAUAUGAAGUAUGCCAACAUAUGGGUUUUGAACAUUUCUCUACAGGGCCAAUUGACAUUCUCUUUGUGGGCUGCUGCCAUCUGUUACAUGGGAGAGAACCAAAGCUUGGAGAAUUACAGGAUACCUAGGCAGUUGCCUAGCACUUACAGAUUAUCUAACACUCGGAACAAAUUCACUGUGAUUGGCUGCAACACAAUUGGCGUCUUGUCCGAUUUCAAAGGCGAGAGGUUUCAUAUUGGGUGCACUUCAUCUUGUCCUUACGCUACGGAACUGAUUGGGCCGUCCUGUGACGGAAUCGGUUGCUGCCAGGCCGCGAUACCAAAGGAUCUUGAUUCAUUUUAUGUAGCGCUUUGGCAGUAUGACGGUAGAACCCGCUACACGUAUACUUGGAAUAUCAGCAGAUGCAGCUAUGCCUUUUUGUGCGAUCAAGACUGGUUCAGUUCGAAUGCGUCAAACCUAUGGGAAUUAAGGAAUGAGGCAGAAUACAUUGUAAAUGUUGGGGUCAGAACUCCGGUGGUUCUCGACUGGGCAAUUCGAAACAAGACUUGCCAAGAAGCAAAAAAAGACCUGGCCAAUUAUGCGUGCGGGAGCAACACCUAUUGUGCUGAUUCGACAAAUGGCCCUGGAUAUCUUUGCCAUUGCAUGCAAGGCUACGAUGGAAAUCCUUAUGUCUCUGAUGGAUGCCAAGAUGUAAAUGAGUGUGAAGAUCCGAAGGUCAAUACAUGUGAAAGUAUUUGCAUUAACACUGUAGGAUCUUACUACUGCUCAUGUCCAAAGGAUAGUUAUGGUGAUGGUAUAAAGAAUGGGAAAGGCUGCACGCCGAAAAGCAAAGUUUUUCCGGUGAUUAAGGUCACUCUAGGUAUUGGCUUUGGGAUCUUACUUUUCCUCGUUAUUWUUUCUUGGUUAUACUUUUUCGUAAGGAAAAGAAAGCUCAUGAAAUUAAGAGAAAAAUUCUUUGAACAAAAUGGGGGACUUCUUUUACAACAACAAUUAUCCUCAUAUGACGAAGGUGGUUUUGAGUUCAUAAAGAUCUUUAGAGCAGAAGAGCUAGAGUUGGCAACUAAUAACUAUGAUGCAGAUUGCAUCCUAGGGAGAGGGGGACAAGGCACAGUAUAUAAAGGCAUUCUACCAAAUCAUCGAGUAGUAGCCAUUAAAAAGUCCAGAAUAGUAGAUGAGUGCCAAAUUGAGCAAUUUAUAAAUGAGGUUAUCAUUCUUUCACAAAUUAACCAUCGAAAUGUAGUAAAGCUUUUAGGAUGUUGUUUAGAAACUGAAGUUCCAUUGCUAGUUUAUGAAUACAUCUCCAAUGGAACUGUUUUUGACCACAUCCAUAAAAAGCAUGAAGCUCCCUUGCUUUCUUGGGAAGAUUGGUUGAGAAUUGCAACAGAAACUGCCGAUGCACUUGCUUAUCUACACUCUGCAGCCUCUAUACCUGUCAUUCAUAGAGAUAUCAAAUCUGCGAAUAUACUACUAGAUGAUAAUUAU